AAGAGCUUUAAGUGUUUCCAAUGAUUAUUUCUAAUAAAGGUAGAUACAAAAAAUCUUUACCAAUAGUUCAAGAGGGUAAUUAAUUACUUUUGAGUGUGUUUUGAAUGUAUCCUGUACGAUACUUUAAGUUUUAGUCGAAUCGGGUCAUUUGAGUGAAUAAGUUCAAAGUUGGAAUUUGUGUGUUUUAAAACUAUUCUGUUCGGUUUUUUCAAUAUUGUGAUAUCGUUUGUUUAAUUCAAUAUCUAACAGUGUUUUAAAACCAAUAAAAAUGCCCUUAUCACCAGCACAGGUGGCACAAGCUGUAGCGUUAGUCGACCAAGGGCUGACACAGCGUGAAAUUGCUACAAUACUUAACGUACCACGUUCUUCAAUGCAAUAUGCCUUGAAACGAUAUCGAGAGACAGGGAGCUAUUCUCGAAGACCAGGUAGUGGCGGGUUUAGGUGCACGUCUGUCCGGGACGACCGCUUUAUUUUGCUGGCAGUUUUGAGAAAUCGCUACCUUACAGCAGUUGAGAUACGCCACAGGCUCCAAGUAACGAGAGGUGUCAAUGUAAGCGAGCGUACAGUAAGAAGACGAAUGGAGGAAGUGAAUUUAAAAGUCCACAGACCGGCACGAGGCCCUUCUUCUUUUCUCAGACAGCACAGAGUAGCUCGACUUCAAUUUGCUAGAGAGCACGUCAACUGGAGCCACGAGCAAUGGGCUAAAGUAUUGUUCACAGACGAGUGUCGAUUCGCUUUGCGUACUCCAGAUGAUCGAGAAAGAGUAUGGAGAAGAAGAGGAGAACGGUUUUUAUCAAUUACCACCACAAAAACUGUGAGCUUUAAUGGCGGUUCAAUAAUGGUAUGGGGAGGAAUAAGUUCCGACGCUCGCACAGAGUUGGUCAUCGUUAACAACCGCUUAACUGCAGCUCGAUAUAUCGAAGAGGUUCUCCAGGAACAUGUUUUUCCUUAUUCAGACUUCAAAGGAGAAAACCAUUUCCUCCUAAUGCACGAUAAUACACGCCCACAUGUUGCGCAUUGUGUAGAGGAGUACCUUCAUGAGGUCGGUAUACGAAAAUUGCAGUGGCCAGCUCGUAGCCCGGACUUAAACCCCAUAGAGCAUAUCUGGAACAUGCUUAAACGAAAAAUUAAAUCGAACUCUAACCCUCCUGAAACUCUGGAUCAGCUUCGAAGUGCAGCAAUGGCCGCUUGGGAUAGCGUAAAGCAACUCGAUAUCCGAAACAUCAUCCAAAGCAUGCCAGAACGUAUGAAGGCGCUUAUUAGAGCCAGAGGAGGAAACACCCGUUACUAAAAAUACAAAAAAACAAUAAAAAAUACUGUUGUUUUCAUUUCAUAGUCUUUUGAAACUGAUAAUGUAAAAUUCUUAUUUUUCUGGGAAACUGUGUUUUAUCGAAAAUGUUAUUGUUAGUGCAGUGUACUUGUAAAAACAAAUUUUGAACGUCAUUAUUAAAAGCUAAAGAGCUCAUCUACUUUAAAUUUA